AUGCAGCUGGUGGUGGCUCCGCCGCCGGGCGCUUUCCUCGACACGGUGGCACCUGUGGCGUCGGGAGGUGCAGGGACAAGCAGCUUCGUGUGCCGAUGCGCUCGCCCCUCUUUGCCCAUCCUCGGCUGGUCUUGCUUUGCCCGCGGUGGCCUUCCUCGGGGGGCUGGGUCCGUCAGGGGGGCGCCUGGCCCCCCCCCCCCCCUCUGCUGCCCCUCGGGGCGGCCGGGCGACCGUUGGUCCAGCACUUGGCAGAGUAGGGCGGCAUUGGAGAAGGGGAUUGAUCUCAAUUUGCAGCUUCCGGAGCAGACUCUCCCUCUGGGACCAGACACAAAGAGGCCAAUGUACAUUGUCGCCAACGAGGACGACGAAACGGUGCCAUAUUCGGAGCACCUGUUGCUCAAGCAAUUUCUCGCGAAGUACCCUGACAAAUACAACGUGGUGGACUGGGUGUCAACAGGGGUGUGCCAUGGAAGCGCCCACCACACAGAUAUUUUCAGUAAGCAUGAGGAGUACAAAGAUCGACUCUGUUCCUUCUGGGCAGAAGCCUUUGACAUAGACACGUCGUACUGCUUCCUUCCAUAG